AGGCUGGGCAAUUGCUAACAUAGCAUUGCCAUCGCCUGCCAAUGAGACCCCAGCUGACCUCUGCUCUUGCCCAGCAGCUGCUUGGCCUGUCAGGGGCUGCUUCUUGGUCUGGUGGGUUGUUGUUUUUUUGCGGGGUGUGUGUGUGUGUGUGUGUGCGCGUAGAAGCAAGCAGCCCUGAGCCUGGGCUCUCAGUGGCCCCUCUGAAGAGCCUUUCCUGUGGCUGGCUGUAUAUGGUGGGAUCCGCCCUCCCUGAUGGUCUUAGAGGGAACAGUUACCAAUCUCUAUAUUCAAAGAAAGCUGCAGAAGCUCCCCGUAAAGAGAGGGACUUCCUGGCCAAGAGCAGCUGCUGCUGGAUCCCGUGCAAGCCAGGCUGAGUGGGUCCUGCUUUGUCUUUGGGGCUGACCGGCGGGACCAAGCGCAGCCUGGGGGUUGGGGCUGGUUGGGAGGGUCUCUUGGCCUCCGUAGAUGCAGGCUCCACUCAAACUCCUUCCCCACAUCCCUUUCCAUCCAAGCUGUUGGCCUCCAGAUGGGCAGGAGGGCCUUGGUUUACAACGGCCUUUGAGGCCAUCCAUGAUACAGUCAGGAAGUGCAAUGUCACACGUAUGUGCUGUGCUUAGUGGCAGGUGUUUCUGGCAAUCCCAGUUGCCCUUGUUAAGCAAAUCACUGCAGGUCAGUUGUUAAGAAAGAAUGGCAGGGAAGAAAUGCUUGAGGGCUCCAUAGGACAGAUCUCUUCCGAAAGCAGCAGAGCCUGGGAAGAACCCCCUCGAGAGGGGAGCUCUGUGAGCACUGGUCCCCCACAACUGCCCCAGCCCCCAUUUUCUAGUUAAUUCCUUCUUCCUGUUUCGGACUCCCAACAGAAAUCACCAAGUCAAUUUUUCCAAAGACUCAUCAUUUCCUGUCUGAAUCAUAUUUUUGAUCUGGAAAGAGAACUUUGAAAAGGAAUUGGCCAGAAGCCUUGGCAAGGAGCAAAGGGGCUUUUCUCCCAGAGGGCUCGCCCUCUCCCUGCUUCAUCCCUUCGGAGCCUCUGCUACAUCUCUUCCUCGAGCCUCUGCUGUGAUGGAAGGCCGGCAGACGCAGGCCUGCUGGGGGAGGGGAUCCCCACAUUCCCGCCCCGCACCCUUGGCGCUCCUGCAGGGGACUUCAGGGUGACCGCCUGGCACUCCGCCUGGCCCUCGGGCUGGGCCUCCUUUGUGGCUGGGCCGGAAGGCUGAAGCUGCCACCAGGCGAGCUUCCGCGGCCAUGAGCGGCAGAGACCCCGCGCUCCGGUUCCCCCAGCUCUGUCCAGUCCGGCGGGGGGGCAGAUUUGCCGAGCGAGAGAUUCCCCACCACUUUCCUGGAACUGGCAGCCCCGCCGCACUUACUCGGGAGGCACGUGAUCUGCCUGGGCCGGGCGACCUUCCUCCGCUUCAGUCACCCAGCUGAGGCCAAGUGGAUGAAAAGCCAAGUGGUGCCAGUGGAAGGGCAGAGCCCAGUGGCCCCAUGUGGGCUGGGAGCAGCAGACUGGCACAGCCCCAUCAACGGCAACUCCGGGAGGGCAUCGCUCUCCCUGGUCAGCUCCAUUGAGAGAGACCUGCAGGGCAUUAUGGAUUCCUUGGUGCUGCAGGAGGAAAGCGGUGAUGGAAGCCCUCCGUCCCCAACGUCUCUUGCGAAUGGCAGGGGGGGCUGCUCCCUUCUGUCCCCACCCCAGAGCCCCGGCAACACCUCCAUGGGGUCCACCUAUGGAAACGCCUUCUCUCCGCUCUCCUCCCCUGCCAGCAGCAGCAGCAGCUGCCGGAGCCCCUUAGCUAGCUGGCGGGAGAAGGUCCCCACCCUCCCCCCUGCGGUGCCUGUCCGAUCCUCCAGUUACUGCCAUGCUGCGUUCUUGCCCCACGGAGGGGCUUCCCCUGACCCUUUGAGCAGUUCCAGUGACUUCCUAAACUCUGCUUGCAGCUCAGGGAGCCCCCAGGCCGAGAGGCAGGUCUGGCGGGAUGGCCCCACAAGCCCCCUGUCAAGGCACAAGGCCCGGCCUCCUGCAGAGGGCCCCUGUCCCAGCCAACAUGGUGGCUCUCCACUGAAGGAAAACCGACUGGGUAGCCCUCGCCCACCAUCACCCGGGAACCCCUGCUCGGCCAGGGCUUUCCAGCUGCCUGGCAUGCUGCAAGGCAAGGCUGCAGCCCUCCGGGACCUGGGACCUGGGCCCUUCCCAGAAAUGCUGCCUGUCAGAGUUUCCCGACCAGCCCAGUUGGGGAAGUCAGGCUGCCAAGGGUCAGAGCUGCCAGGUGUCGCCUCUCAGUCCAGCCAGGUCAAGCGGCUCCCCGAGAGUCCUCAGCUCAGCCGGAGGCCCCUGGAGAGCAUGCGGGAACUACCCCCCCUCAGCCCAGUCCUGGGGCGCCGAGCAGUCUCCCCAGCCCCUGGAAGCAGCCGCUCCUCACUGGGCAAGCCUGGGGAGAAUCCAAGGGGGUGGCGGAGGGAGGCAUCUUCUGCUCCGCCCUUGUCCUCCUGCCUGAGGAGCCGUAGCCCUUCACCUCCCUCCCUCCCUGGAGAGCCCACCCAGAGCAAACCCCGCAGUGGACCUGGCCUCAGCUCUGCCUCCAGCUUGGGCUCCCUCAUCCUGCCCUCGGAUUCUUCCCAGCCAAGCCGCCAGAGGCCUGGGGGAUCCCAGCUGUUGGGCACCACGCACGAGCGCAAGCAGAGCACGUCCAAGCUGCUGGGCAUGCACGAGAGCGGCCUGCUGGAGUACCACCGAUGGCAGCGCCAGGAGCGUCUCCGGGAGCAAGAGAUGGAACGCUUGGAGCGCCAGCGCCUGGAGACAAUCCUCAACCUGUGUGCCGAAUACACCAGGGGGGAUGCUGAACUGGGCCAAGAGGGCGGCACCAAUGCUGCUGCUGCUGGGGUGCUCCCGUCGCCAGGGAACAGGCCCCCCCGGGAGCGAGGGGAGGAGGAGAACUUGCAGGAGGAGAGCAGCAGCACUGAGAGCGCUGGCCAGGAGCACGAAGUGCCACCGGCUCCAGAGCUGGCCCUUCUGGAAGCGGAGCACACCCGCCUGCUGGCCAGCACAGACCAGCUCAAGAGUCGCCUGAAGGGGCUGGAGCAGCAUCUGCGAGAGACCGCCUGGGAGGCGGAGAUGGAGCAGGCCCUCCUGCAGGGCGAGCGGGAAGCUGAGAGCCUGCAGCUGCAGCAGGAACAGCAGGCGGUGCAACUCCUGCAGGAGCAGCUCUCCAGCCUGGAUGCCAACGCUCGUCACGAGCGGGACAAGGCUCCUAUCCGGAGGAUGCUCCUUGGAGAACUUCCACCUGCUUUGUGCCUGGAGGCUGGGAAGUCCUUCCACGUGGAGCCCAAUUCUGAGGCUGGUUCCCAGGCUGAGCAGCCCAGGGGAACCAAAGCCCUGCAGCAGAUUCAGGAGAGGGAAAGGGUGGAUGCGGAAAGGAAGGCGCUUGAAAAACUGCGGGUGUUUUACUCUGAGCUCGAGAGCCAGCUUGAAAACUGCCCCGAAUCAAUGAGGGAGCAAGUGAAGGACCAGAUGCAAAGGGAAGCGGAGGCCCUGGAGAUGGAGACCAAGCUCUUUGAAGACCUGGAGUUCCAGCAGCUGGAGAAGGAGAGCCGCUUGGAGGAGGAGCAUGAGAUGCUGCACAGCGAGGCCCAGGGCCGCCACCGCCUGGCCCGCCGGAAGGAACGCUUGGCUGCCCUGGAGGGCCAGGCAAAGCAGCUGCGGCUGCAGGCUGCUCAGGAGGCCGACCGGCUGCACCAGGAGAGGAGGGCCACCUUGCAGCGGCUCCAGCAGGAGAAGGAAGCCCUCCUGGCGCUGGAGCAACGGUUGUGUGCACUCACUGGCAGCGCUGUCUUUCCCAAGGGUUCGAGUGGCCUCCGAGAGGGCUCUCCACCCCCAGUGGGCAGAAGAGGCAGCCCCCCCCGCAAGCUGACCGGCAGCCUUCUCAACCUAGGGAGGAAGCAUGAGGCGUCCCUGCACCACAAGGGGCAUCGGGCAAUUCAGGAGCAGUGGCAGCACCUGGCUGACCUGAAGCAGAAGGCGGCAGUGGAGUGUCAGGCCUUGCGAGGGAAGGCCCUCUUCUCCACCUUUGUGCCCCACUCUGUCCUCCACCAUCACCCCUUCCUGGGCCAAGGUCAACUGGCCGAUGACCCUGAGCCAGCCUACGACACUCUCAGCCUGGAGAGCUCAGACAGUUUGGAGACCAACCUCUCUCUCAGCGGGAACUCAGCCUGCUCCCCGGACAAUGCCUCCAGUGCCAGUGGGGCAGAUGCCAGGAAGAUCGAAGAGAUGGAGAAGCUGCUGAAAGAGGCCCAGGCUGAGAGGUCCCACCUGAUGGAGUCACGAGAGCAAGAGAUGGAGCUGCGUCACCAGGCCUUGGAGGACGAGCGGCGGAGGCGGGAACAGCUGGAGCGGCAGCUGCAGGAUGAGACGGCACAGCGGCAACAGCUGAUUGAGAGAGAGGUCAAGAUGCGGGAGAAGCAGCUGGCUCAGGCUCGCCCCCUGACCCGUUACUUGCCCAUCCGCAAAGAGGACUUUGACCUGCGCUUGCACAUUGAAUCCUCCGGCCACAGCGUGGACACCUGCAGCCACAUCAUCCUGUCGGAGAAGCUGUGCAAAGGCUACCUGGUCAAGAUGGGAGGCAAAAUCCGGUCCUGGAAGAAGCGCUGGUUUGUCUUUGACCGCCUGCGGCACACCCUCUCCUACUAUGUGGACAAGCACGAGGCAAAGCUGAAAGGCCUCAUCUAUUUCCAGGCCAUUCAGGAGGUUUACUAUGAUCACCUCCAAUGCGCAGCCAAGAAAAGGUUCUUCCCUCCCAGCCUGUCUAUGAGCCCCAACCCCACCCUAACCUUCUGCAUCAAGACCCAUGACCGGCUCUACUACAUGGUGGCCCCCUCAGCAGAAGCCCUGCGCAUUUGGAUGGAUGUCAUUGUCACAGGGGCUGAAGGCUACACCCAGUUCCUGAGCUGAGGCAGCAGAGCCAUGAACAGCCCCAGAUGGCUGUCCCUCAAGAGCUUCCCAUGGACAGCCUCUGACCGCAGACAUAGACCCUUCUGCCAUGGAUCCCUGGGAUGGGUACGCGAGUGGCGAAAGCAAGGCGCUUGCCAGCAGCCUCCCUUGCUCGCCACCGAACUCUAGGAGGAUUUCCACCUCCCCCCCCCAGCUUCAGAGGAGUGGGAGGCAUGGAACCAGCACCAUCAGGCUUUGCAGUGCAGGGCUGGCUCCCCGCUGGCCCAAGGCCUGUGCAGACAAGGCCCAGAGCUCAUCUUGGAUCUCUUGCCUCCAGGGCUAGUUGCCUCUCUUUUUUCAAAAUGGAGAAGCCACUGGGAAUAGGUCCCCCUUGCAGCUGGGGGAUGCUGAAAUUGUUGGCUAGAGACUUUGCAGCCAAGAGACAGGAAAGCAGCAUAAAGCCUUUUGCAUACUUUCA